GGCCCCGGUCGACAGCACUCGGGGCCUGCAGCGCUGCGGCCUCCCGCCAGGCGGAGCCCGGGACAACGGGCGCGGCGCCGUGAGGGCCGAGCCGGGGGAGCCGCGUGUCCCGGCUGGAGCUGAGGGGCGGCAGCGCCGGCGGCCGGGGCCAGCGGCAGCUCGGGAGGCCGGGGCCGAGCGGGGCUGCCAGCUCCUGCCGGGGGGGCCGCAGGCCGGCCCGGAGCUGAGGAGAGCGCUGCGGGUUGGGGCCUGUCCCCCACAGCAGUGGGGUUUGGGGCUCCAGGUCCCUGGCUGCCGUUUUUCUCCGGAUGCUGCUCACCCGCAGCCGCCUGGAGCUCCUGCUCCUCGGGGUGCUCUUCACCUUCCUCCUCUACCUCCUGCUCCCGGCCGCCCAGAGCGGGCAGCGCUCGUCUGGUACCCGGUCUGACAAGGCGACGCGGGACUGGCCGGUGGCCAGCGCCAUCGCACGAACGGGGAUGGCUGCGGGAGAGCCCCCUGUCUUCUACAGGGAGGUUUCUGCAGGGCCCCAGGGCAGCGGCACUGCCGGCCCCGGGAGGCCCGAUGUCCUGUUCCUGCAUGGCCAGGCAUUCACCUCCAAGACGUGGGAAGCCUUGGGCACACUGGCGCUGCUCGCUGGAGAAGGCUACCGUGCGGUUGCAAUAGAUCUGCCUGGCUAUGGGGAUUCACCUCCUGCAGAGUCGGUGGCUACGGUGCAGGGCCGGGUGGCUUUCCUGGACCAUGUCCUCCGGGAGCUGGGCAUGCAGAGGCCCGUUCUCGUCAGCCCCUCCAUGAGUGGCCGCUUUGUCCUCCCCUUCCUCCUGGCACAUGGGGACCAGCUGGCUGGAUUCGUGUCCAUUGCACCUGUGGGCACCAAGGACUACACUGCUGAGCAGUACCGGCAGGUCCAGACACCCACCCUGAUCCUGUAUGGUGACCGUGACACAAGGCUGGGUUCCCAGGCCCUGCAGAGCCUGCGGCACCUCCCUGGGCACCGUGUGGCCGUGGUGCCCGGUGCCGGCCAUGCAUGCUACCUGGACAAGCCGGCGGAUUUCCACCGGGCCCUGCUGGACUUCCUGAGCCAGAUGAAGUAAGCGCUGCCUCAUUCCCUGCCGAGUGGAGGACUGGGGCGCACC